AUGACGGUAGGCUACACCUUCGCUCGCCCAGUGCAGUAUCUCAAAUACAUCAUGCAAGCGAAGAAAGAUUCGUCAUCACGCGAUCAAAUAAGGUGGCAGCGAGGGAUGUUGUGUCAGAUCAAAUGGGGAGAACUAUAUCCUCUAUAUACCUGCAUUGCCGCUAUUGUCAUGCUGGGCACGUUGUUCUUCACCUGGCAGACAUCUUCCUAUCUAAGAGCGCGUUACGAAGACAAGCUUCAAGAGAGUGCCGUUUCGUGGAAACUUGCCAUGAUUGGAGUACGUGAUGAAGCAGACAAUGGGGAAAGUGGAGAGGAGGAUGUACUGCAAAUACUCAUACCUAAGACGCGUGACGGAAACAGCCGGGUAGUCAUUGACAAGGCUCGAACUUAUCUACGUGCCGCGGCAGAUCGCAUAGCUGUGCACGAGCAGCGGGCUGAUAACGAUACCGAGUGA